AAUCACAUUCCAUCAGAAAUUGUUUAACCAAAAUUAAAUCAUUAUGAAUCAAUCAAAAUUCAUCCUUGAAACUAGUCCAAAUAGAAGAAUUCUAGAAACUUUAGACGUGAUUAAUAGAGCUACAGAUAGUUCACAAGGAGUCAGCAAAUCUCGCUUAUUGCUCAUUACAUUAUCAACAACAAUAAUGAUGGCACUGAAAAAGCCAUUAUCACGAGAAUAUUAUCAAUGGACGAGAGCAUAUCUUGAAACAAUUAAGAAUGAAGAUGGGACAAGUUUACCAAAUAUUUCAAAAUUUCUAAAAUACAUUGAUCGCGUUGAAAAGAAUCACAAUAUUGACGACAUAUUGCAAAGCACGAGAAUUUCAAUAACGCCAGAAGAGGAAAUUGAAAUUGUUAUUCAAGAACCGAGUGAGGAUAUUUUACAACUUCCCGAUAAUACGAUAUUGAGCAGCACAAAAAUUCCUAAAGUUCAAAUUCAAAGUCCAGAAAAUGAAGAAAUUGAAGAAGAACAACGUCAAAAUGAUGCUGAUCCAGAAGAGGAAGAUGGAAUUGAAUGAUGAAUCAUUGUUCAAAACCAAUUUAUAAAUUCAAUUUAAAUAAAUCGUGAAUAAAAUCAGCAUUAAGGUUCAA